CACACCUCUGGGAGUAAAUGAAGGCUUGUGAUUGAGACACACUUAAACAACUGAUCUUCUCCACUGACAUCAGCUGCACUGAAGCAUCCUCACGAUGAUCAUCUCGCAUUUGGUGGCUUGUGGACUUAUUCUGACUCUUCUCUCAGUCCGCGCGGAGGCAAAACCACUAACGCUGGAAGAACAGAGGUCCCUGCGGAUGUUGCUGGGAGAGGAGCUGUCCGAGUUCCUGGCAUCGGACGAGAGCCAGAGGCGGCUGGAGAGCCGGGCUCGGCUCCUGAGGGACCUGCGCAUGGACACGAGGGCCCGGGGCCCCUGGGCCCGCAUGCUGAACGAGCAGCCCGGCUCCCGCAGACUCAGAGCCGGGUCUAAGAAGGGCGGGGCCACGGCCAGGAGCGGAUGCUUCGGACUCAAGAUGGACAGGAUAGGGAUCAUGAGCGGGAUGGGCUGCCAGCCGUCUAACCCCUCCGUCAAUAACCUCUCCUGAGCGCAUCACGAACGUCAUGGAUUAUGGAUAGAAUGGACUUGGUUGCUCUUCUUCCAUGGGAAACCUUAAAGAAUCGGACUAAUGGUACGAAGCCACUACGAGAACCAUGUGUGGGGACAAUGACACGUACAACUGAAAUUAAGUAAUUAGAUAAAACAUAUGUACAAAACAACAACAACAACAUGAUGUGGAUAAAAGCUGUAUAUUGUUGCUGCUGCUGCUGUACAUUCAUGUAUUUCAUUCUCGCAUAAAUGUAUUUAUGUUUAAAAACCUAUUUAUAUGUUUAUAAAAGAGAUAUUUAUAAAUAUGAGUUUUAUUUAUGUAACAUUUUGAAAUGAAUGCAAACUGCAGGUCAAUUCUGUUUGUAACUAUUUUGUCUUUAAUAGUUGUAAAUGUUUUAAAAAUCAUUAAAACAAAUGCACAAAUGCAAAA